AUGUUCUCUGCCAUGAAUGGACCUCUUUGUGCUUGGGGCAGGGGGAAUGGACAUAAGUUGGGGUAAAGGAACAUCCUUAAAGGGACCUCAGGCUCCUCCCUCCAUAAAGGAGAUCUGGUUUCUCUUCCAGGUGUGAUGGAGAUUCUCAGUCCUUUAGGACUCUGUCUUUCUAGUUUUCUCAUUGCCUUCUUCUGCCUCUUCCUCAUGAUGCCCCAAAUGGCCUCAGGACAGUUCUCAGUGACGGGACCUGAAGGACCAAUCCAGGCAUCACUAGGGGCAGAGGCAGAGUUACCUUGUUACUUGUCCCCACCUCAGAGUGCUCAGCACAUGGAGGUGGUCUGGUUGCAAUCCACUCGCAUGGUACAUCUCUAUCGAGAUGGGGAGGAUCAAUUUGGAGACCAAGCCCCAGACUACCAAGGGAGGACUGAGCUGGUGAGAGAUGCUAUCACAUGGGGGAAUGUCACCCUGAAGAUACGGGAUGUGAGAUUCUUGGAUGCAGGAAGGUAUAUGUGUCUCUUUGGAGAUGAUUUUCACCAAGAGGAAGCUGACAUGGAGCUAAAGGUCUUAGGUAAAGAACCUGAGUCACCAACUAUGCUGCCGAAAUUAUUUAUAUGCCUUAUUGCGUUUUGGGUGCUGUUGUUUUUAAUAUUUUUAGUUUUGAUUCUGCUAUUUCAAGUUUAUUUUCUCAGGUCAAUUCCCUGGCUGUGUGAGAUCAAUGGGAUCCUGAUUCUGACUUGUGCAUUUGAAGCCGAAGUGGCCCUGUGUUUUCUGUGGAUGCGGCAUAAAUGCAGAGAUGUGAUAGAGGGUCUCACUCUCUCAGGCUCCUUUCUCUCCAGUUUUGUGAUUACCUUCAUCCUCCUUCCCAAGAAGCCAACAUUGGCCUCAGGAAAGUUCUCAGUCACUGGACCUGCAGGACCCAUCCAAGUCUCACUUGGUGGAGAGGCAGAGUUAUCAUGUUACCUGUCCCCACCUCAGAGUAUUCAGCAAAUGGAGGCGGUAUGGUUGCAAUCCACUCAUGUGGUACAUCUCUUUCGUGAUGGGCAGGAUCAGUUUGGAGAACAGGCCCCUAAUUACCAAGGAAGGAUGGAGCUGGUGAGAGAUGCUAUUGAAAAUGGAAAUGUCACGAAGAUAUAGGAUGUGAGACUCUUAGAUGCAGGAAAGUACAAGUGUCUCAUUGAAGAUGGUUUUCACCAAGAGGAAGCUGACAUGGAGCUGAAGGUCCUAGGUGAAGAACUGGGUUCUGGACUGGGCCUCUUUGCAUGUUGCUGCCGUCUUCCUGUGCCCCAUUUUCUUUGCAGUCCAGACCCUGAAUUUUCCCCCACUCCUUUUGACAAACUGGCCCAAGUCUCCUGGUCUCUCUAUAGCUUUGAGGCCCCAAGUGACAACAUGGAAGUUUGUGGGGCAGUGCUGCAUCCAGCCAUGGAUGAUUCAUCACUGAAGGACUUACAAUGUGAGCCAAUGCAUGUGGAAAAAAUAGAAAGCUUCCUCUCAAUAGAGAUCAGGCUGCACAGGAUUGAACCCAAGUCAACCAUAUCUACAGGGCAGAAAGAUGUGAGUGCCUCUGCACCUGUGGUUUGA